AUGACUUGAGCGACCCUUUUUCUUGUCAUUGUCCUGAUGCUGUCAAUAAGGAGCGACUGAUCCCCCAGAGUCUGAAUGAUUGGUUGCGACACCGCGGCGCAUACUACCGUCAGCGCCUCAUUCCUACCAUUUCGAAAGAUAAUAAUUGCCCGCGAUGCCGUCUUUAGAGGUCGAUAACUACGGCGUAUCUGCCGUCACCGCAUAUGUCGAAUUUUUCGAAGAGGCUCUGGAGGCGACCAGCGUCAUUAAGCUAGAGCCAACCGUCGAGCCUGCUCUCGAAGAGUCCGAUCUGGAGGACGUUCUGAGCCGGCUGCCAGGAACAUCAUCAGAUCUCGCUGAAUUCCAGGGUCUUGCUGGGCCUCGCCAGCGCGGCAAUGCAAAGUUUGCGACUAUCGAGACUGCAGCCCGGGGCCUUCUCAGCAACCUGAUCGCCCGUGUCUCCAUAGAUUCUCCCGACUUUGUCAAAGUGUGGAACUUCUUCGACAUACUACAAUGCCUAUCCGAUCGAGGGCAGUGCGAUCCAGCCCUGCUGGUGUGGCUCAUCGAAGAGCUGCUCGACAGUCAGACAAUUCCAGGAUGUCGCAAGAUCUUUGAUUAUCUUGAGUCGCGCAGGAAACGAAUAAUAUCCAAGAACUUCAACGACAAGAAAUUGGUCUUACUGAGAAGCUGUAAUGAGCUGCUGCGGCGGCUGUCACGCGCCGAAGAUACUGCUUUCUCCGGCCGUGUCUUCAUCUUCCUCUUCCAGAGCCUCCCGUCAGGCGACAAGAGCUCGGUCAAUCUUAGGGGCGAAUACCAUACUCAGAACGUCACGACCUAUGAUCAGGAUACAUCUAAAGCGGAGGAUGCGGAGGAUAAGAUGGACGUGGACACUCAAGAAAUUGGCACCAGAGAUAGCAAUGAGCCGUCCCAAGGCAAGAACGUGUCGUUCAGCGGAAAGAAGGACACGUCGUCGCCUAAGCCGCUCGAUACGGACGCAUUGUAUCCCGUCUUUUGGUCUCUUCAAGAGAGCUUCAACCAGCCCAAGAAGCUGUUCGAGCCUGCCAACCUGGCGCAAUUCAAAAAUGGGCUAGAGGCGACCUUGACGGCUUUCAAGGCGAAUCCCGUUCAACAUGAGGCCAAGUCUGCAAAACAGGCCGAUGACAAACGCGGUCUGAAGAGAAAAUUGGAUUCUCUAGAAGAUGACGAUGACGUUGCUACCUCCUUCAACCCAAAAUAUUUGACCAGUCGGGACCUGUUUGAGCUCGAGAUCAACGACUUGUCCCUUCGGCGCUACGUGCUCGUACAGGCCCUAAUUAUCAUGGACUUCCUCCUCUCACUUUCAUCGCAGGCCAAAGAGAGGUUGACAUCGGUACAAGCCGUCAACAAAUCUGUAGCCUACCUGGACCAAGCUCUCGGCGAAGACGACAUCAAAUGGACCACGGCGAUGAGGCACACCAUCACAGAAUACCUCAAGUCUGCCACCGACGGCCAGUACUUUUUGAGGAUGGUCGAAACUAUUCUUUCGAGGGAUAAGAAUUGGGUUCGUUGGAAGGUUGAAAACUGCCCUCUGAUUGAGCGGCCGGCCAUCACCCCAGACGAGUGGGCGAAAGCCAUUGACGAUGCCCUGCGCAACACCACGAGUAAGAAAAUCCGAACAAACGCCACGCAGCCUCUGUCUCUCGACUUUUUGAAGGAAGGCGAUGACGAGGAGGCCAUGGAGGAGCUCAAGGACCCGAAACGAUACAGGCUGCCAGACGUCAAGAGUUUUCAGCGGGGUAUUCAGGAUGCCGAGUUUGAGAUAGACAUGCCGACAUCGGACACCACCAAGAGGGAGGCGAUAGAGAGCAAGGCGAGUAAUACAUGGAGGGCUUUGCGCCUGGCCAGCAGAACAAGCCUUGCGCUGUUCGACAAGAUCGAGUCUUAUGAGGAUAUCAGCAUCCUCUUCGAAGACCAGAAGCCAAAGGAAGAAACGGAAGAGCGCAAUGGGGAAGAGGGUGGGGAGGAGCAACAGGAGGAAUUCGAAGAAGCUGGCGGAGAUGCAGAAAAUAAUGAUAAUCAGGACGACGCAGCCGUCGAAGCCAUGGCGACGGAUGGUUGAGGGGUGUGGCGACACAACGCUAUGCAGAAUAGAAGAGGGUUUCUUACCCUCCCCUUGCAUUAUGAUACCCUUUCAUUGCAAGAAGAAACUUGUCAUUUUUAUAGGCCCUCCCGAGAAAGAUAGACUUUGGCAACAAGUUAAUUCGU